AUUGUUGAAAAUAUUAAAGUUUAACCUCUUGUCUUUCUUAAUUCUUAUUAAUCUCAGUGUUAUUCGGCACAAAUCUUCUCUUCGUUUCUUUCUUCUUCUUGUUUUUUCUCUACACCUCUGUCAAGGCUCAACACCCUGCAACUUGCCGUAAGCUGACACACCAUUCAAAUGGAUGCUGAUGUCAUUCAUGAAGAAGGUGUAUCUGGUGAUGAUUUCAAUAGUAUGGAACCGGAGGCAGGAUCAAAUAGAGCUGACAUACUUGAUGGGAUUUCAUCUGGUGGGGAGGUGAACGGAGAAUUAGGAAGGGCUAGCGAUAUUCUAACAAGAUUAGAAUUAGAUUUAGCAUGUUCUUCAGAGAAAUUGGUUAACUUAAGUAUACUUACAAUGCAUGUGGCUACUAGAGAAACUGACUUUGAAUCGUUUAUGUCAGAGAAAAAUUUUAUGCUAGUAGAUUUGGUUGAGAAGGCUCUGGAAUUUGAUCUCUUAUCUGGGAUAUUAGAUUCAGAGGCUAGAGAACUGGAUAAGUUUAUGGAGAGUAUUGAAACUGAUAUUAUUGGUGCGUGUGAGACUAUAUCUUCAUUUAAGUACUUGGGAGAAACUUUCUUCAAAAUGGAGGAAAAGUUGCAUGGUUAUGAAGAAUCAUUAAAGCAGUCACAAGAUCAAGUCUCCGAAAUAAAGAUGCAAGCUGCUGAUUUCCAAAGGAUUUUGUCAUGUCUUCAUGGAAAUGAAAAUUCAGGGAAUGAUGUAAAAGGUGUGAAUGUCUCAGAAGCUGAUCAAUCGUCUAAUAAUAAUGCAAAGAUAAAAAUGCAAACUAUUGAACAGCAAAGGCAUAUUUUGAGGAUGCUAGAGAAAUCUUUGGCUAGGGAAAUUGAUUUGGAAAAGAAGUUAGCAGAAUCAAGGCAAAUUGAGGAGGAGAUGAAACCGAGGCUACUCUCUUUAGAACAUGGGAUGACCUGCCUUGAGGAAGAGGCAGUGGAUGUUAGUGAAAGGUUGUUUGAAGCAGAUAAUGCAGCGGCAGUGUUGAAGGGGAUCUCAAAAGAGCUACUGGGUCGACUUCAAAUCGUCCAGUUUAAUUUGAAUAGUUCAACUCAUCGAGAAACUGAGCUAAGGUUGAAGCUUGAAGAUUCUGAAGAGAAGUUGGAAGCCAAAGAAAGUGCAUUGCAGAAGCUUGAAAGUGGUGGAACCAGAGUCAAUGACUUCCUUCUAGCACAGACAGACAACCUAAAAGCAAAGUUGACGGAAGCUGAAAAUAAGUUCAUUCUUGCCAAUUCUGAGGCAUUCACUUUGCGUGAGAAAGUAGAUUUAUUAGAGAAGCAACAUAAAGAAUCUGAGUUUAACUUGUUAAGUGCAAAAGCCUCUGCCGAUAAAAGUCGUGAAUGGUGUGAUGUUUUACGUUCUGAGAUCAAUGAAUUAGAAAAUGUUAUUGACGAUUUGAAAGAUAAAUUAUCUAAAGCAGAAGAUAGAGCAGACAAUGCUGAAGCCAAAUGCAAAUUACUAGGUGAGACGAACAUGGAACUUAAUGAAGAGCUGGGUCUUCUUAAAAGCCAUAAUAUAACUUCUGAAAAGGUUGAAGCACUUGAGAGACAAUUGAAGGAAUCUGAGAUUCGGUUAUUAAAUGCUGUGGCUUCUGCUGAAGCUAGUCAGGAGAAGGAAAAUAUGUUGUAUACUACAAUUGGAGAUAUGGAAAAUUUAAUUGAGGGUCUAAAAUUGAAGCUUUCAAAAGCUGAUAAUCGAGCUGAUAGUGCAGAAGAUAAGUGUAUCAUAUUAUCUGAGACUAAUGCUGAGCUAAGUGAAGAACUGAGCUUUUUGAGGGGUAGACUAGAUUGCUUGGAGGCAUCUUUAAAUCAAGCUGAGGAAAUAAAAAUGGCGACUGCAAAGGACAUUGGCAUUCGUACCAAACUGAUAGCAAAUUUGCUCAUGCAACUAGCUGUGGAAAGAGAGCGCCUUCACCAGCAGAUAUCUGCACUAGCACUGGAAAAUAAAAUUUUGGUAGUGAAGUUGAAGCAAACAGACAAGGAUCCAUCUAUUAUUGGGAGCCAUGAGAGUAGGGGAAAUGUCAAGGAAUUUUUGUUUUCAAAGCAAGACUCUAGUACUGCUUCUGCAAGAGAAAGUAACGAAGAAAUAACCAAGUUGUCAGCUGAUGGUUCUGAGUUGGACAAGACUACUGAAUCUGUUGGUGAAUCUGAAGUGAAACCUGCAGAUGCCACAUCUGAGUUCGAGAACGUGAGGAGAAUAGAUGCAAGAUUGCUCAGCUUCAAGCAUGUUUCCUUGGCAUUGCUCAUCCUGUUAAUUUCAGCGGCCGUUUAUUUUUUCAAGAUGCAGGAGUGUCCCUUCUAAUGAUGACAAUAUGCAUGAUCAUGAAAUUCAAUUUUUGGGUGAGUGAUACUAUGGGAAAGCUAAUGCCAUGAAGACCUUUGAAUACAUAUGAAUUUUUGCUGCAGUGGUAGAGUCUAGUUUUUCAUGACUUACAAGACAACCAGCUCUGUUAACAUAGGCAACAGCUCUGUUAACUUCCUGGAAAAUUACUCAUGUUGUAGACUUAAUUGCAAUCUUCACAUUUUUAAGCAAAGUACUUGUGCAAUCUUCACAUUUU